AUGCUUCCCAAGGUACAAUCUCCUUUGUCGUAUAACAGAUUUAUUAACACCUCGCGUAGCACGUGGGCCCUUCAUGCCAUCAUCUCAAGCUUCAAUUCAAAGAAAUCCAUUGGAAUCAACUUUGAAGACGCCAUAUAUAAAUCAUUCCUUGAAACAUCUCGGUUUAUAGAUCAGAUUGUCAGUCUUAAUCCGCUAACCGUAACGCAGAUUGUGUCGUCAUCUGAAAUAUCUAGAUUUGGGAGUGUUCUUUUCAGGAAAGCGUAA